AUGCAACAGCAGCCGCUCAUCAGCGGUCUCUCACAUCCAACCACGACUGACGUCCUCAACGCCCCUUACCGCUGCUCCAACGGCAGCGACGGCAGCGCGAAGGCGAACAAAGAGGGCGACAAUGAACGGCCACCCAAUAAAAGUAACAGCGAGAGGAACGAGGACGACCUGCCGCCGCCGCCUGCGGGUGGUGAUGUGCCGAUGCCGCCGCCACCGCCGCAGGGGCAGUGGAAGCUGCAGAAACUCGUGACAGACAAUGAGCGCUUGAAACUUGCGCUGGAGCGGCAGAAGCAACGGCAGCGAUCCAUUAUUUCGCAAAAGGUGACAGAGGCCCUGACAGCGGCCGCCAUGGCAAGUGGCGGUAGUGGUGGUGGUGGUGGUGGUGGCCUCCACGCGACAAAAAGGCCAAUGACCGUGUCAAAGAGAAAUGAAAAGGGAGGCUACUCCAUGAACCCGACUGGCGCUACACUCUCCACGCACAAGCAGCAGCCGUAUCGGGAGGAAAAGGAGGCGCGGAGGAAGAGGAAGAAACCACCGACGGGGACCUUCUCCCCUCACCAUCCCCUGCGACGACCACGCUCCCCUCCGCGACGGCCGGCACCGGGACAAGCACGGGAAGCGGCCGGCCCUCACAUUCGAUGCCGGCGGUGGUCAACCAAAUCUAUGCCAAUACUCGACAACAACAGACCGACGCGUCUCGGCGGAAGCCCCUUGAGCAGCAGCAGAGGCGGCGACAACGACGACGACGAGGCGGAAGGCAACACCGCGAGUAGCAUCGCGACUCCUUCGCCCAGCGACAGCAGCCUCCCCCUUACCGUCACCGACCCUAGUCCGGACCACACGGAUCUCUUCUCUUCGGCGCUGAACCCGCGUGGGGCUCAACCCUUGGCUCGGCCGGAGGAAGGAGACAGCGCCAGCACAAAGCCAGGAGUACGCGCGCGCGAGCCGCAGCACCGAGAAAAGCGGCGCGGCGGCGAGGCGGCAGCAACAACUUCUUUGUUCUCCUACUCUCCUUCGUCCACCACUGCGACGACGAACAACAACAGCCGCCACCACCGCGCUGUCUUCGCUCCGUUUCUCUAUCAGAUUCCACGCACCCCCGCAGAGGCCCUCGCAAACGAGGCGAAGCUGCUUCAAUCGGUGCGGCUCCUCAGGAGGAAAAACGCGGCAUUGCAGAGCCGACUCUCGCUGGUAGACCGUCUCCUCUCAAAUCUGCAUUGCGCUCAGGAGAAGGACCGCACGCAGCACGCGCACGCCAGCGAGCUGUCCAAGCGGCGUGCGCGGGACAUGGCCAAGGAGCUCGAAGACUGUCAGGCGACUCGCUUCGCCUUGGAGGAGCGCGCCGUGAACGCCGAGGCGGAGGUGGCCUGCUUGCUCGACGCCCUGUCGAAGAAGGAGGCGGCACUGGCGGAGGCGAAGGAAGGCGAGGCGCUGCGCCUGGCUGACCGACUCAGUCAGGCGAAGGAGGCGUUCGAGCAAGAAAGGAGGCGAGCAACCGUCUCGCACGGGAACGCUUGGCGACGGCGGAGCAAGGAGACGGUGAACCUGAUGCGCCGCUACGAGCUCCUGAAGGGUGAAGCCGACGAAUCUGUCAAAGCCGCGAUGGACGUCGCGCAAAAAGCGGAAGCCGCACUGGCUGACGAACGAAGACGCUUCAAGGCCCUCUCGGAGACCCACCGCGCCAGUGAGCAACUGGCACGAGCGGAGAGAAAGAGUCGCUCUCCCAGCGGUGCCGACGAGGUGCAGCUCGCGCAGGAGCAGGACAAGUUCGAGAAGGCCGCCACAGCGAUGGAUCAACUGACAACGCAGGUGGCCACGCUAGAACAGGGAGCGAGAGGCGCAGGACGGCGUCGUGCACACCAUGAACGUCCAGCUCUGCGAGGCGUCACCGCCGGCGCCGACGCGGAAGAGAAGGAGGCCCUACAAGCUCGCUUGGAGGCCCAGACACGCAUAAUGCAGACCGCCCUAUCGACCUUGCAGGAGGAAAAGGAGAAGGAAUGCCUGGCCUUGUCACGGCAGCUUGGCGAGAAGCUGGCGAAGAAGUACGACGCGUCAAGGAUCCAGUUCCUAGCGUACUGGUCCGAAGUGGCGGCAGCAACCUUCUCCUCAACGGCAAACACGGCAACGACAACAGCAAAUCGUAGAAGAGAGGAUAAGGAAGCAGAUGCAGGACGGCGAAAGCACCGAGAGGAGGAGGAAGGUGGCGGCGAGGUCUUGGACAGACCAAACCCCACCACGGACUCGGCGCUGACGCUCGAGAGGUCCUGA